CGCCGGCCGCGCCCUCCGAGAUGCGGACCCCGGCUCGGCGCUGAGCCCGCGCCGCAGGGGUACCGGCUGCGCCGAACCUGGCUCCGGAGCGAGCGGACCCGGGCGCGGGCUCCCGGGGCGGGGCCCAUGGAGACCUGGAGGAAGGGCUCCCUCCGCAACGCCUCCUUCUUCAAGCGGCUGAGCCUGGGCCGGCCGCGGCGCCUCCUGCGGCGCCAGGGCAGCGUGCUCAGCCAGGCCAGCACGGCCGGCGGGGACCACGAGGAGUACAGCAACCGCGAGGUCAUCCGCGAGCUGCGGGGCCGCCCCGACGGCCGGCGCCUGCCGCUGUGGGGGGACGAGCAGCCCCGGGCCACGCUGCUGGCCCCGCCCAAGCCCCCUCGGCUCUACCGAGAGAGCACCAGCUGUCCCAACAUCCUGGAGCCUCCGCCCGCCUACCCGGCGACCCUGCCCUCGGCCAUCUCCCUGGCGGGCCCGCUGGACCAGUACUCGGAAGAGGACCUGCUGGACAGCCCCCCCUUCCCGAGGACACCCGCUCCGGACCUCAGUGACCCUUUCUUCUCCUUCAAAGUGGACCUGGGCAUUUCUCUCCUUGAGGAAGUUCUGCAGCUGCUGAGGGAGCAAUUUCCCAGCGAGCCCAGCUUCUGAAUGGGGUGAGGGUGAACCCAGCUGGGGUGACUGGAAGAGCCUGGGGGACCAGGUGGAGGAUGAAGGAAAAGGGUCGCGGUAGGAGAGCAGG